AUGCCAAAAGAGUGCAGCAUUUGCGCCGAAGUCAAAUCCUCAAAGCAAUUCCCCACGGCCCCUAUUGCUCGAGGGUGUGACCAUAGACCGACAACGUGCCGGCCGUGUAUAACACGCGUGAUCAAGACCGAACUUUCCAGCAAACCGUGGGAAGAGGUUGCGUGUCCUGAAUGCGGCGCCACGCUCGAGUACCAAGACGUCCAGAAGUAUGCCGAUGCGGAGACGAGGGAAAGGCACGAUAAGUUGAUGGUUUUGCAUACUCUGCAGCAAUAUCCAGACUUUAUCUGGUGGAGAGCCGAGCCCAUAGUCAGGUGCACCUCGUGUGGGCACUUGACAUGUUUCCAGCACAAAGUCACCUGGCAUGAGGGUGUGACGUGCGAAGAAUUCGAUGAAGCUGUUGAGGCGCGCCAUAAGGCGGAAAAUGACGCCAGUGAAGAAACCAUCAAGUCGACGACAAAGGCUUGUCCCGGGUGCAAGUCACAGAUUGAAAAGCAUAGAGGAUGGUGA